CGUAACCAUGCACAAAAAAAAACAAAUUGGUUAAAAUCUUGGAAUCAUGGUUACGGCGAAGCCGUAUUUGUGGUGUUGUUGAUUUUUUUUCUGCAUCUCAAAAUAUUCCGCUUAAAGUGAAAAGUCGGCUCAGGGAAAUCGAAAAGACUUUAAAAAACAUUAAGCUCAUUUUUUAAUGUCAUGAACAUCGGAUGAAAAAUGACGAAGUUAUGGACGUAUGUACUCUUGCUUAAAUUACUAAUUGGGGAUAUACAAAUAUCCCCAAUUAGGUGUAGGUAUGUUAUAGCAUACCUACACUUUAAAUCACAAUUUAGGGACAGAAAACAAACGGAGAGCAUCAGCCAACAUUCCAUAAAUAAGUACUUCUAGCUAUUGAAGCAAACGUAGGAUAUAGAUAUUUACUGAUUUAUUAUGCUUAGCGUGCUGGUCACUUCAAAGCAACUUCAGACGUGAGUAAUUUCGCGUGACUCAAUUACAUAUGUAGCCAUUACAAAACCAGCUAUCCCAAUGUACAUAACUGAACAACUUAAUUACUAAUUCUUGGAUUUCGGGCCCUCAGAAAACUCAUUAAAAUAUUUAGACAUUCUCCACGAAAUUGGUUGUAGCAAUUCUCGAAACAUUUGUCAUGUUCGCUAUAGUUUUAUCUGCAGUGGCUACUUGAAAAUCCAAUAUUCUCCUGAAAUACUAGAAUGGCGACUAAUACUAGCACAAUAUUUCUUCUGUUUUUAUUUCUAACAUUUUCAAAUUCCCCUAUUGCCCUUUCGUUACUAAAUUUUAACCGUAAUCCAAAUUGCUUGAUAAUGACCACACUAACGGAUGACACACAGGUAUCCAAAAAUUCCAGCAUUCUUCAUCUGCCUUCGAGCUACGAGCUCCACUUAUCACUCGCCCAUCGGAACGGAAACGUUGUCAAGCAUAUACAACCCCAAAAUUCAACAAAGUAUCAACAAUGGAAAGUUUGUUGCUUUGAAAUCGUGAUAUUUGUCGAUGAGGGUGAGUCGAAUUCCUUCUACGAGGACGUUGUCACCUGGGGUCAUCACACUAAAAUGGUGAUAUACAUGGUAUUUUCCCCUCAUAGGUAUUAUACUUGGAACAAAAAGUAUCGCCUGUUCCUGUUUCACUUUUCUGUUCCAAUCUAUUUCAUAGUAGUGGAUGACAGACAAAAAUCAAUUUUUGCUCAUUUACUUGAUCCGAUACAUCAUUCGGCCAGUUGGAAAAUAUUUCCGGACACAUCUUCACAACCAUUCGAAAAGUUUCCAGGUUUUGAUACUUUAAUAAGAUCAAGACGAUCGGUUGAUAGCAGCCAAAACCUGUUCGGAUUACCUGUGUCGGCAGAUUGGUUGGAUCGGCUGACAAAAUUGAACUGCGAAAACCAUCGCUACUUUUUAUCUAAUGGAACAAAAUGUUUUGUCGUAUUUGGAGCGCUGCAAGCUCUUCAGACGAGACUGAAUUUUUCGUUUUCUUCAUUUGGGUAUGCGUUAUUUUUGUGUAAAUUGAUUUCGCUAAUUUGAUGUAUUUGAUUUUUUCAUAGUAACCAGUCCGACAUCCUUUCGGAGUUUGGGAUUAUGAAAAUAAAUCCAGAUUUUGAACCCAUCCACAUAGAAACUACUAUGGAUUAUCACGUGCUCUAUUGCCAGAAAAAUCUGGCCUUGUUGGCGUUAAAAAUAUCAAAGUUUUUUACCAUUAUAGACCCAUGGACUUGGGUAGGGGGUAUUUUACUAUAGUUGUUUUUGGGAUUCACUAAGCUUGGCGGAUUCUCAGAUAUUGUUACGACAUUCCUUAGAGUCGCCGUAGUUCGUGGGAAUACCCUAACAUGGUUUGGAUUACUCUGUAUCGUAGCAAUGAUCACUAUCAGCUCAUCCUACGACGCCAUCAUUACAACCGAUAUAACUAAACCUCCUGAAAAACAGGUAAUUUCAAAGAUGCACGAACUGUUCGCAGAAUUUGGUUACAAACUGUACUCAGCAAACGAUAUAAGAAAUUUGACCCGUUGGCGAUUAUCAAUUCGAAAGGAUUUGCAACAUUUUGACAAAUAUAUUUGGAAAGGAGAAUUGAUGAGCAAACAAGUUAUUAACAAUGAAUUCUCUGCUGCAGCAAUAUAUGCUGACCACGUCGCUUUUCUACCCACUUCUCACAAUGUUCAACAAGUUAUAUAUUUUCUAAAGUAUCACUACUCUAACGUGACUUGUAAUACUGUUAAGGAAAUAUUUUACAGAAAUAAUAUUGUCUGGAUCUUUAAGUACUUUGGAUCUGAAGGAUUAUACAGAAAUUUACAGUGGAUAAGUUCUAACGGACUUUUCCAGCUGUACGCCGGAUUAUGGAAAUUCGUAGCUGAAUAUGGUGCUCGAAAUCACCCCGCCCCUUUCCCAAAGGGUGUUGGAGCGCUGGAAAACCUUUUUGUCGCCUUUCAGCUAUAUUUUCUUUUCAUAGGAUUUGCAAUACUAAAGGCCUUUCAAGAAAUUGUUCUCUCCAAAAUUAACCUCCAUUUGAAGAUUUCCUUUAUGCUCCCCAAAUUAAUCUGGGUGAUAAAUAAAUAAAGCUAAAUACUGAAUACUGGACGUUCAUAAUGAACAUAAAAUAUACGCAAUAAAGCACUGAAUAUUUGUA